CUACACAACAUUUUGGUUUCUUUCCUUUCUCAAAACUGAAAUUCUACCGUGUGUUAACUUAUGUAUUCCUGAAUCAAGUCAAAAAUUUGUACAUAAAAAGAAAAAAUGCCAGGCAUAUUCGGGAAGUUCCCGACUAACCGUCUCGGACUUAAUCUCCUCCAGAUAUCUAGAUGCGUUAGCUACCAUGCUCCGCUAUACCGACCGCGCAGCCUACUCCAUGCAGAACGGUUGAGGCAACUAUGCACCAGUGCCUCCUCCGGAUCAAAGUCUAGCCGGAGGACGAAUCAUCCGUGUCGCGUCCGGGUGCAGAGGUACUCCCAAAAGGGUAGCAAUGUGUUCUCGGUCAGCGAUAACGUGGAUAUGCUGCGCAAACGGAUUAGCUUUUCCGGCAACUCGAGCAAUGCGCCCAAGAUCAUGCCCAUUGGACUGAUUACACCGGAAACGGGUGAUGGCAAGGAUCUGAAGAUAGUCAUUGUGCCCUUGGAUCUGUCUGGCAUGGAUGGCAACGAACUCAAGGACACGCUGGAAACCAUCAACAAGUUGCGCUUGUACGCCAACCACAUCGAGACCUUCUCCAACAGCAUGGUCGAGGAAUACGGUGCCUUGAACGAGGCCCUGCAGGAAGUGGAAUCGGGCGGUCAGCCCCAAGAAGUCAAGGCCGGGGCGAGUGCCGAGGACCGCAAAUUUUGGGAGGCCUUCCCAUCCACGCCAACGGCGGACGCUGUGGGAACCGCACUGGAUGCGGGUCAGGGUGCCAACAUGCCAAUGCAACGCCAGACGGCAGUCAAUAGUUGCCUGCAAAACGCUGUGGGUAACUCAGCUAUCAACUCUGCUCUGAAAACCACCAAAUCCAUGUCGGCCAUGGCCCAGACGGAACCCAUCCAUGGCUCAACCAAGGCAUCUAAUCUCCAAGAGCUCGCCAACCAAGAGAGCGACUUCGUCGAGGAGGUGCGAGUGGAUGUGCCGCAGGAUUUGAGCAAUCGCCUCAACGAUAUGGCCGUUUCGUCGAUGGAGCUGUCCUUCGAAAUGGAUAUGACCAAUCUGCGGCAGGCUCUGGAAAGCAAGGACAAGAAUGCAGUAACUCCACAGGAUCCCAUGAUCUGUAUGCACACAAAGGUGGAAUUGGAUGCGCCUGGCACUGUGGAGAAAACGCUGCCGCUUAGGUUCAACGCCUUGAUCUCGGGCGUAGUGGAGAUCGAUACCCAGAAGUUGAGCCCCGCCCAGAUAACGGAGGACAAAAUGCCCGGCUUCAACGAUGACCUCACCUCGCUGGCUGCCAACCUUUGCAGUACCGCCUUGGAGAAAGGUUUCGCAGGAAAAUCCUCAGAUACCUACAUCGCGGACCUGGAACUGACCAAGGAUGAGGAGACUAUUCCUAAUAGGAUCAUCGAUACUUCCCAUAUGUCGGCGGCUAAUCAAGUUGGUCAAGUGCGGGAAUCCCUGCAGAAGAUAGCCGAGGAAGCGUGUGCCAUGCCCGGCAUUCAGGAGCAAGAGGUGCCAGUUCCGGUGGACAAAGACGGCUGCAAGCAUCCGCCCGUGAAACCCAAGCGCAAAUGUCCUGGAAAGUGUCCUCUAAUCACAGAUCCCUGCAAGGAGGAUCCCUGCGAGCGGCCUGCAAAGAAGAAGGCACCCAAAAAGAAGGCGUUGAAGACCACUGAGAUCACGUGCAAGGGAAAGGGCGGCGGAAAGAGUGCUUGCGGCAAGGAUAAGAAGAAGGAUCCGUGUGGCAAGAAGGACACUAAGAAAAAGGACCCUUGUGCUAAGUUCAAGUCUGGCGAGAAGAAGGAUCCGUGCGCCAAGAAAAAGGAUCCCUGUGCCAAGAAGAAGGCAGAUCCCUGUGCCAAAAAGAAGGCAGAUCCCUGUGCCAAGAAGAAGAAGGAUCCAUGUGCUAAGAAGAAGGCAGAUCCCUGCGCCAAGAAGAAGAAGGAUCCUUGUGCCAAGAAGAAGGCAGAUCCCUGUGCCAAGAAGAAGAAGGAUCCUUGUGCCAAGAAGAAGGCAGAUCCCUGUGCCAAGAAGAAAUCCUCUUGUGCCAAGAAAGAUGACAAAAAGAAGGAUCCUUGCGCCAAGUUCAAGAAGGGCGGUAGUGGCGGCAAGAGCAAAUGCAAGUUCUCCACCGUUGCUAACCUACCGGAUGCAAGCAGGCGCCACUUGUCCACCGCCUUGAGCCAAGCUUUCCGUGAAUCGAAUAGUGUUUCAAAUGGUCCCCGCUUCAAAGUCUACUCCACUCUUGUGCGCCGUCACUAUCGUGUCCCUGUUCCGAAGAUUGAGAGCUCUUGCCAGUGCUCGCUUUGCACGAGUCGGCUGCUCCACAAAGCAGUUGCUCCGGCCCGAUUCACCAUCAACACGGCCCUUAUGAGAAGACGCUUCGGUGGACUUGCGGGAAGGAUCUCCGGUGGAGCCCUGCAGCACAUCAGCUAUCGCGGAUACGCCAAGAAGAGCAAAUCCGGCGGCAAGUGUGGCGAAUUGCAGACCAAAUACCCCAUUAAUCGUGGCAAGGACAUUAAGGAGCGAACGGGACUGCGCGAGGAUUGCUUCAGCGACGAAGACAGCUGUCCAAAGAAAAGCUGCACCGGCAAAUGCGCCAAGGUCAAGUUCCCGAAAAAGAAAUGCGAUCGCAAGAAGAAAAAGGAUGACAGAAUAGGCAAUCUCUUGACCCGGAGUUCUAUUGCCCAGCUGCAGCCGCAGAGAAGAUCAUUUAGCACGCGGCCAUGUUGCCAUCCAUCCUCUGAAAAGCGCACCGCGGAUGAUGAAGCACUUACGCUGCGCAUAACGAAUCCCUACGAGAUCAGCGUGGUUCCCUUUUCCAAGCCGCGACCAAAGGACUUUGACGUCCUCAUUCGAACGGGCUCAGUGGCUGUCUCCAACUCGGACAUCCACGUCUAUGAGAACGGCAAUCGGGACAUGGAAGCCAUGUCCCUGGGCCAUGAUGCGACGGGUAUUGUGGAGGAACUCGGUCGAUGCGUCCAGCAUCUGCAUGUGGGUGACCGGGUCGUCAUGGAGUCGGCGUUAUCCUGCGGCAUCUGUGAUCUAUGCAAGAAGGGCCUGUACAACAUGUGCUCCGGGUUGGUGUACAACGGCUUCCUAAGCACCUACCAAACGCAUCCAGCCGACCUUUGUCACCGCCUUCCAGAGUCCAUCAGCAUGGAGGCGGGUGCCCUGACGCAGACACUAGCACUGGGGUGCCAGGCGUGCUUCAAGGCCAAUGUCACGCCCACCAGCAACGUCCUCAUCCUGGGAGCCUGCCCAACGGCUGUGGCGGCCGGCAUAUGCGCAAAGGCCAUCGGGGCCAAGCGUGUGGCCAUUGCCGGAUGUAUGGCUCCGGCUCUGGAUGUGGUCGCCCGGGACUUCGGCUUCCAAGCAGUCGAGUUCGAUAGCAACGCACUGUUCGGAGAGGUCCUUGAAGCCAUCUACAGCAAGUUCCGGGAUUGGCCGGACUGCGUAAUCAACUGCUCCAUCUCUGCAAUGACGAUGAAUCUGGCGGUCAUGGCUCUGCAGCCAUGUGGGGUGUGUGUGCUGGCCGAGUGCGAUUCAGAGUGUGCCAGCUUCAAUGCUCUGGACGUACUGAUGAAGAACAUCCGCCUAGUGCCCAGUUUUCGUUCCGCCAAUAUGUAUCCGACUGCUCUACAACUCAUGCAAUCUGGUCGAGCACAUAUGCAAAAAUUCAUAACGGCCACGUAUCCCCUGAGCAAGGCGGACGAGGCGUUCCGAGCUGCCCAGCACGAGUCCAACAUUGGGCUGGGCAAGGUGAUUGUUAACUGUGCGGAAGAAGUGGACGUCUAGGCGAUUCGGAGGAGAAGUUCCGAGCCGGCAUUGGAUAAAUUUAUGGUGGAAAAAACUGUGUGAAGGCCAAAAACGAAACAACUUAUUCUAAUUGAAGUUAAUUCUGUGUUUUCGACUUCAAAUUCGGAAUUAGAAUAAAACAAUAGAUUUAAGUAUUGCAAC